UCAUCAUUUCGACCGAGAGGAGAUAUUACGCACGACACACUGUAGUUCCUAAUCAUGACGCGCCGUUCUCUGCUCUGGUUUGCCCUAUCGUUGGCAGUGCUUGCCAUCAACCUGCAAGAUGCAACCGCCCAGCUGGACAACGCGAUCGUCAGCAAGCGCAGCUCGAUUAACUCCACGCUCGUCUCCUUCUCCAACAACAUCGUGAACAAGGUGAACGAUUACUCGAACAAGUUCGUCAGCCUGCGCAACGAUAUGUCGUUCCAUCUGAAGAGUUCCUCGGAAACGAUCACCCAGUUCCUGACGAGCGAAAGCAUCAGCCAGAAUGCACUGCUCGCGCUGGACGUGCUGCAGAAGUCGAGUUCCACACUGCAGUCGAGCUCGUCGGCAUCGAUCACGGUGUCCGCCAGCUUCUCGUCCGUUGGGUCGUGUAUGAACACCAAAAUGCAAGCGUCCGUCAGUGCGACGUUCAGCGCAUUCAGCACGGCACAGUCACAGUACUUUAACAUCAUCACCAGCUCGUCCUCCCCGUUCCUGUCCACCUGCCGUUCGCGGUUCUCGAACACGGCCCAGGACUCGGUCAACCAGGCGGGCGAUCGUUUCCAGGACUGUCUGAACGACGAAAACAACGAGCAGGGCCGAGUGUCCUGGAUCAUCAACAACUUCGUGACGCUCAUUAAGCAAAACUAUCAGGCUCUGGGCAACCAUGUGCGCUCCUGCGCCAGCCUCGGCUCACCCUCAUCCCGGGAGGAAGUGCAGGCUGAAAUCAAUGCCUGUUACAAGGGGAUCUCGAUCUACGUGGGCCCGAUUUACGAGGCGACGAUCGCACAGCAGUUCACGCUGAUCAACACGAUGAUGCAGCUGGAGGUGGUGGCAUCGAACAAUCGGGUCAAGACCUGCAUCAACCAGGUCGCCAAAACGUACACGGCAAUGGCGGAGGGAAUUGUGCCAUCGCUUAACACGUGUCUAUCUACUGGCCAGUAAUGGAGAGGGGCAGCCACAACUAAUAGCAGCAGCAGCAGCGUUUGCAACGGCAAGCAGCUGAAAUAUAUGUUUCUUCUUUGUUGUUUUAUAUGUCGAUAAGAAAUAGGAAAAAGAGUCAAAAAUA